GCUCUCGACUGCUUUGGUCUGACGUGAACCUGACUAACUUCCUGUACGAAGUCCACUAACCUAACGCAAGACUGCUUGCAAAAAGAUGAAUUUGACAAACAAAACUCGCCUUUUAUGUGUUUAAUAUGUCUGACGUUCUGCAAAGUUAUUAAUGCAAACGAGAAACAGCCUCCACUUCGCAGGAUUGAGUGUUUGCAGAUGACAAUUAGACAAAUCAUGCAGAAUUCAGUCGAGUCCUUCAUAAAUGUGUUAGAGUCAUACAGAGGAAGAGAUAAAGUGAUAAGGACGCUCUGCUAUGGCUCUCAGCUGGUCGGUGGACUUCUAGCUGGAAAGAGCUCUCAGUCGUCUCUGGGGAAGAGUCUCCUGCUGUUCUCAGCUCAGUUGAGUGACUGCAGAACCACUCUCAGGCUCUUUGACGACCUGUCCAUGCUGGCGUACUCCACCAGCUAUGGGUUAGGAGCCUCGGAGGAGGAUGCUUUGGUGCGCUGGAUGUCAAUUCUGAAUAAUGUAGCGGAUCAGUUGUAUUACCCCUGCGAGCACAUCGCCUGGGCGGCAGAUGCAGAGCUCAUCCGAACCAAAUCUGACAAGUGGUGGGUGCUGAGCACAGGCCUCUGGGGUAUAUCGCUUAUCCUCAGCAUACUCAGAUCCAUUAGGUCCAUCCAGAUUCUGAAGAGAAAAGCGCAGACGUGUCAAAGAUCAGCUCCAGCUGAGAGCAGAAUGGCUCAUUGUGUCAGGGAGGAAGUGUGUUCUCAGACAGCUGUGCUCCGGAGGCAGAUCCGAGGGGAAGUGUUCAGUAUCCUGAGCAGUCUGGCAGAUCUCAGCAAUGCUGUUCAUUGGAUGCCUCCUGGGUUUCUGUGGGCUGGACGGUUUCCUCCAUGGCUGGUGGGACUGAUGGGAACAACCUCCUCUCUGAUAGGCCUUCUACAGAUGAGCUCCGGUGAUCAAGGAGCAUGUUCCUGAAGCAUCAUUACUCUUACAAAUCUUUGAUAUCUAAUCUGUUGCUAUUUGUAAUAAUCAUGCGUUGUG